UCAGUUCUGCUCCAAAAUUCUAUGCUAUAGACUGUGUAGUAUAUAUUAAAAGGAGUAACAAAAUUUGACUGAGCUGUUUGUUAUUGAACGGCAUAACAUCUAAUAUUCGAUGGUAAUUUCUGAGAGCACUCCAAAAACUAUUAUUUCCUUCCGUAGGGUGGGGCAUAAAUAUCCUUCCGCAACAGCGGUACGGUUGCACCGCAGUGUUCUGUGAUUUGGUGUUGGUGUUGAGAGAGUGACUCUCGCUGAAGUUAAUUUCUGUUUAGAGUUGCAGGGGAGAGCAGUAAGUCAUGACAACAGAUAUAUCUGUUGCUGUCCGGUGGGACCAGGUAAAUCAGCAGGAAUUGGAUGAUUACGACUACGAUGGUGGCAAUAGCUCAUCUAGAUUGUUUGAAAGAUCUAGAAUAAAAGCCUUAGCAGAUGAGAGAGAAGCAGUUCAGAAAAAGACUUUCUGCAAAUGGGUUAAUUCCCAUCUUGUACGUGCCAAUUGUAGAAUUACAGACUUAUACACAGAUUUAAGAGAUGGAAAAAUGUUAAUCAAGCUUCUAGAAAUCCUGUCUGGUGAAAGACUACCAAAACCAACAAAAGGAAAAAUGAGAAUUCACUGUUUAGAAAAUGUUGAUAAAGCUCUUCAGUUCCUUAAAGAUCAAAGAGUUCAUUUAGAAAAUCUGGGUUCCCAUGAUAUUGUGGAUGGAAAUCCUCGUCUUACUCUAGGACUUAUAUGGACUAUCAUUUUAAGAUUUCAGAUUCAAGAUAUCACCAUUGAAGAAGUUGAUAACCAAGAAACAAAGUCUGCGAAAGAUGCAUUGCUACUGUGGUGUCAAAUGAAGACUGCUGGCUAUCCAAAUGUUAAUAUUCGAAAUUUCACAACUAGCUGGAGAGAUGGCUUAGCUUUUAAUGCCAUUAUCCAUAAGCACAGGCCUGACUUAAUACAGUAUGACAAAUUAUCAAAAUCAAAUGCUAUUUACAACUUGAACAAUGCCUUCAGUACUGCUGAGCAGAACCUUGGAAUUACAAGGUUACUGGAUGCUGAAGAUGUUUAUGUUGAAAGCCCGGAUGAAAAGUCUAUAAUAACCUAUGUUGUCACAUACUAUCAUUAUUUCUCCAAGAUGAAAGCAGAGACUGUUCAGGGUAGAAGAAUUGGAAAGGUAGUUGGGUUAGCUAUGGAGAAUGAUCAUCUUGUUGAAGAAUACGAAACUCUGACUUCUGAUUUACUUCAAUGGAUUGAGCAAACGAUUUUGGCAUUAUCUGACAGAAAAUUUGCCAAUUCUUUGACUGGUGUUCAGCAACAGUUAUCAGCAUUUAACAAUUACAGAACUGCAGAAAAGCCUCCAAAAUUCUGUGAAAAAGGCAACCUGGAGGUCCUCCUAUUUACCUUGCAGAGCAAGAUGCGUGCCAAUAAUCAAAAACCUUAUUUUCCAAAAGAAGGUCAAAUGAUAUCAGAUAUCAACAAAGCUUGGGAGCGCUUAGAAAAAUCUGAACAUGAAAGAGAACUGGCAUUAAGAGAAGAACUAAUUAGGCAGGAGAAAUUGGAGCAGUUGGCUGCAAGAUUUGAUCGUAAAGCUGGCAUGAGAGAAACAUGGUUGAGUGAAAAUCAGCGAUUGGUGUCUCAAGAUAAUUUUGGAUUUGACCUUGCAUCAGUUGAAGCUGCUGCGAAGAAGCAUGAAGCCAUUGAAACAGAUAUCUAUGCUUAUGAAGAAAGAGUUCAAGCUGUUGUUGCUGUAGCUCAAGAACUAGAAACAGAAAAUUACCAUGAUAUUGACAGAAUUAAUGCCAGGAAAGAUAAUGUAUUACGUCUGUGGAACUACUUAUUAGAACUUCUUCGGGCUCGCCGAUCUCGUCUUGAAAAGUCUAUUGCUUUGCAACAAACAUUCCAAGAGAUGAUAUUUAUUCUCGAUUCUAUGGAGGAAAUAAAGGCAAGGUUAUUGUCUGAAGAUUAUGGCAAACACUUGAUGGGUGUUGAAGAUUUGCUACAGAAACAUAGCUUAGUUGAAGCAGACAUCAAUGUUUUGGGUGAAAGAGUGAAAGCUGUUGUUCAGCAUUCACAGAAAUUCAUUUCCGAACAAGAACAUGGUUAUCGGCCAUGUGAUCCUAAGAUAGUAACUGAAAGACUAAAUCAAUUGGAAGCAGCUUACUCUGAACUGGUUCACUUGGCUCUUGAAAGACGAAACAGACUUGACGAAUCUCGAAAGUUAUGGCAAUUUUAUUGGGAUAUGACUGAAGAAGAAACAUGGAUCAAAGAAAAAGAACAAAUUUUGUCUUCCGAAGAAAUCGGUCAUGAUUUGACAACUGUCCAUCUUCUUAUUAGUAAGAAUAAGGCAAUGGAAGAUGAAAUUGCUUCUCAUGAGCAACAGUUACAAGAUGUUGUUCAAGUUGGGGAAGAUCUUAUUGCUGCAAAUCAUUUCGGUUCUGAUCGUAUCAGAGACAGAAUAGGAGAAGUUAACACCAUGUGGGAAAAUCUGAAGCAAUUGCAGUCACUUCGUAAACAGAGGCUUUAUGAUGCUGUUGAUUAUCAUCAGUUCUUUGCAGAUGCUGAUGAUGUUGAUACUUGGAUGCUUGAUGCUCUUAGAUUGGUUUCGAGUGAGGAUGUUGGUAGGGAUGAAGCUAAUGUCCAGUCUUUGCUCAAGAAGCAUAAGGAUGUCACUGAUGAGCUGAAGAAUUAUGCCAAUACUAUUGAUGCUCUUCAUGCCCAAGCUGCAGGUCUGGGUGAGAAGGACCGAGAGGCACCAGAAGUACUGGAACGUUUGCAGAGCAUAGAUCGUCGUUACAAAGACCUUGUAGAAUUGGCAAAAUUACGUAAGCAGAGGCUGUUGGAUGCGCUUUCUCUGUAUAAACUCUUUAAUGAAGCUGAUGGUGUAGAACAAUGGAUUGAAGAAAAAGAAAAAAUGAUCAAGAGCAUGGUUAUGAGCCGUGACAUGGAAGAUAUUGAAGUUAUGCGACACAGAUUUGAAGGGUUUGAACAAGAAAUGAAUGCAAAUGCGAAUAGAAUGGCUGUUGUUAAUCAAUUAGCUCGCCAACUGUUGCAUGUGGAGCAUCCAAACUCUGAAGAAAUCUUGAAUCGACAGAACCAAUUGAAUCAAAGAUGGUCAUCUCUUCGGGAAACUGCUGAACAAAAGAAAGAAGAAAUUAAUUCAGCUCAUGGAGUUCAGACAUUCCACAUUGAAUGUAAAGAAACUAUCACAUGGAUUGAAGAAAAGACUAGGCUUCUGCAAGCUACUGAAGAACUUGGCAAUGAUUUGACUGGCAUCAUGACACUACAGAGACGUUUAAGUGGUAUGGAGCGAGAUUUGGCAGCUAUUCAAGCUAAGCUCGAUUCUCUAGAAAAAGAAGCAGAUAAGAUACAAAAUGAACAUCCUGGGGAAGCUGAAGCUAUACGUGAAAGAAUAACUCAGAUCAAGGCUGUAUGGGAACAACUAACCCAGCUACUUAAAGACAGAGAUGCCAAACUUGAAGAAGCAGGCGAUCUCCAUCGUUUCUUGCGAGAUUUGGAUCACUUUCAAGCUUGGCUCACAAAAACACAGACUGAUGUGGCCUCUGAAGAUAUACCAUCUAGUUUGUCUGAGGCUGAAAAAUUACUCAGUCAACAUCAACAGAUUAGAGAUGAAAUUGAUAAUUAUACUGAAGAUUACAACAGCAUGAUGGAAUAUGGUGAAAAGGUUACCCAGGAUCAGACUGAUGCCCAGUAUAUGUUCUUGAGAGAAAGACUGAAAUCUUUACAAGACGGUUGGACUGAGCUUCAUCAAAUGUGGGAAAACAGACAGCAGUUACUCUCUCAAAGUCUGAACUUGCAGAUGUUCAUGCGAGAUGCUAAGCAAGCUGAAGUGAUUCUUAAUCAACAAGAACACUACUUGUCCAAAGAUGAAACUCCAACUAAUCUAGAACAAGCUGAGGAUUUAAUCAAGAGAACUGAAACUUAUUUGGCAACAAUGGAAGCUAACGAUGAAAAAAUCAAUGCUGUUGUUUUAUUUGCUCAACGAUUAUGUGAUGAAGGUAACUUUGAAGCAGAUAAAGUACACAAGAAGGCUGAAAACAUUACAGAAAGACGUAAUGCUAAUCAUGCUCGGGCAGCUGAAUUAAUGGAAAAACUGAAAGAUCAACUAAUGCUUCAUCAUUUCCUUCAAGACUGUGAAGAGUUGAAUGAAUGGAUUCAAGAAAAAUCUAUAAUUGCACAAGAUGAGACUUACCGUAGUGCAAAAACUAUUCAUAGCAAAUGGAUGCGUCAUCAAGCCUUUGCUGCCGAAGUAGAAUCUAAUAAAAACAGGCUUUUCCAAGUGGAACAGGCUGGUAAAGAUUUAAUGGCUGAAAAGCCAGAAUUAGCACCUGUAAUUGAACCUAAGCUUCAAGAAAUUGCUCGUCAGUUUGAAGAGCUGGAAAACACUACUUCUGAAAAGGGUGAAAAGUUGUUUGAUGCCAACAGACAAGUUUUGUAUGAGCAGACAUGUGAUGAUAUUGAUGGCUGGAUAACAGAGCUAGAAAACCAAGUCUUGACAGCUGAACCUGGACAAGAUGUAAUUAGCUUGACUGGAGUCAACCUCAUCCUUCAGAAACAACAGAUGAUUGAAACUCAAAUGGCUGUUAAAGCUCAGCAAGUAACUGAACUUGGCAGUCAAGCUGAUUACUUAAAGAAAAUGGAUCCUGAGAAAGAGCAAGAAAUUGUUGUUAAAAAGUCUUAUGUGGAAGAAAGGUUCCAGAGGCUCCAGGCCCCAUUAUUGGAGAGAAAAGCUUUGCUUCUGAAAAAGAAAGAAGCAUAUCAAUUUAGAAGAGAUGUUGAAGAUGAGAAACUUUGGAUUUCUGAAAAAAUGCCUUUAACUACAUCUACGGACUACGGGAAUAGUCUCUUUAGUGUUCAGAUGUUGAAGAAGAAAAACCAGUCUCUUCGAACUGAAACUGAAAAUCAUGAGCCAAGGAUCAUGAACAUCUGUGAAAAUGGCCAGAAACUUAUUGGUGAAGAUCAUGAGGAUUCUAAAGAGUUCCAGGCUUUAAUUGAUGAUUUGUUAGAACGAUGGGGUGAUUUGAAGAGAGCUCUUGAUGUCAGGGAAGAAAAAUUACUGGAAUCUGAAAAGGCCCAACAAUACUAUUUUGAUGCAAGUGAAGCAGAAGCAUGGAUGAGUGAGCAAGAGUUGUAUAUGAUGGUUGAGGAUAGAGGUAAAGAUGAAAUCAGCACACAGAAUUUGAAAAAGAAACAUGAAAGUCUUGAAAAUGCUGUUGAAGAUUAUGCAGAGACUGUGAGACAACUUGGAGAAACUGCCAAACAGUUAGCUUCUGAAGGUCAUCCUGAAAGUGACCAGAUCAUUGUGAGGCAAUCCCAGGUAGAUAAAUUGUAUGCAGGCUUGAAAGAUUUGGCCCUUGAACGCAGAGCUAAGCUUGAUGAAGGUUUGAAACUUUUCUCUCUAAACAGAGAAGUUGAUGACAUCAUGCAAUGGAUUUCUGAGAGAGAAAUGGUAGCUGGUUCACAUGAAUUAGGACAAGAUUAUGAUCAUGUUGUAAUGCUUCAAGAACGCUUCAAAGAAUUUGCUCGUGAUACAGAAGUAAUAGGAACUGAAAGAGUGGCUGAAGUAAAUGAGAGUGCUGAUCAGUUAAUUGCUAGUGGUCAUUCUGAUAGUGCUGUAAUAGCAGAAUGGAAAGAUACAUUGAAUGAGGCCUGGGCUGAUUUACUGGAGCUCAUUGACACAAGAACUCAAAUGCUUGCAGCUUCUUGGAAAUUACAUAGAUUCUUCCAUGAUUGCAAAGAUUUGUUAGGAAGAAUAUUAGAAAAACAAAAUUCGAUGUCUGAUGAGUUAGGUAAAGAUGGUGUCAGUGUGUCUAGUUUACAGAGAAAGCAUGCCAACUUUGAAAAUGAUCUUCAGACAUUGGGCACUGCUGUGCAGCAAAUACAGGAAGAAUCCCAGAAUUUGCAGAGUGCUUAUGCUGGUGAUAAAGCAAGAGAAAUCACUAACCGUGAAGGAGAAGUGGUAGGAGCAUGGCAGAAGCUCCUAUCAAUGUGUGAAGCAAGACGUUUGAAACUGUCUGAUACUAGUGACUUAUUCAAAUUUUUAAAUAUGGUGAGAGACUUGAUGUUAUGGAUGGAAGACAUAGUUCGUCAAAUGAAUACAUCUGAAAAACCUAGGGAUGUAUCUGGUGUUGAACUACUAAUGAAUAAUCAUCAGAGUUUAAAAGCAGAAAUUGAUGCAAGAGAAGAUAAUAUUGCAGUUUGUAUUAAGCUGGGAAAAGAGCUUUUGGCCAGAAACCAUUAUGCAUCAAAUGAGAUCAAAGAAAGGCUUCUUUCUUUAACCAAUCAGCAAUCAUCAAUGAUGAACAGAUGGGAUGAAAGAUGGGAACAUUUACAACUGAUUUUGGAAGUUUAUCAGUUUGCCCGAGAUGCAGCUGUAGCAGAAGCAUGGCUUAUCGCACAAGAACCAUACUUGCUUAGCCAAGAACUUGGUCAUACCAUUGAUGAUGUGGAGCAAUUAAUUAAAAAGCAUGAAGCAUUUGAAAAGUCAGCUGCAGCUCAAGAAGAAAGAUUUGCUGCCUUGGAACGCAUGACAACGUUUGAAUUAAAAGAAUUUAGACGAAAAGAGGAAGAGGAAGCAGAGAGAAAACGACAGGAAGAGUUAACGAGGCUUGCAGCUCUAGAACCUCCUCCACAGGAGGCUCCUUCAACAGACAGAGUCGAUGGUGAGAAGUCACCUGAAAAAGAGGCACUAUUGGCAGCUGAAGGUGAACCAGAAAUCACUCAAGAAGGUAGAGUAACAGAUGAGCCAAAGAGAAGUUCUCCUAGUGUAAAGAAGGAAGUUUCUACUGUGCCAUCUAAAACAACAGCUGCUGCAGCAUCACAUAGUGGGCUUCCACAAGAAUCUCAAUCAGCACCCAGCACCCCUUCUCCUGAAAAGGACAAGAAAAAAAGGUCGCGGUCAAAAUCUCCAUUUAGUAGCUGGCGGAAAAAGAAGUCACCAGCAACAGAUGAUGAAGAAGGAGGCUUUUUUGAAAAAGGCAGUCCAACAGCUACCUCCCCUGAUGAGGAGGUUCAAUGUGAAGGCUUGUUAGGACGUAAGCAUGAGUGGGAGUCUACAACCAAGAAGGCUACUAGUCGAUCUUGGGAUAAAAUAUAUGUUGUACUUCAAGGCAAUAAGCUGUUUGCAUACAAAGAUCAAAGGCAUUACAAGCAGGAGCCUGAGAACUAUUAUCGCAAUGAAUCACCCAUUGAGCUUAGGGGUGGCACAGCACAAAUUGCAUCUGAUUACACAAAGAAGAAACAUGUUUUCCGUCUAAAGUUAGCCAAUGGUGCUGAUUAUUUGUUCCAAGCAAAAGAUGAUGAUGAAAUGAACCUUUGGCUUCAGAAAUUACAAGCAGCUAUCGGAAGUGAGGGAUCAUCUGGGCCAUCUCGUUCACAGACUCUUCCUGCCAAAGGUGACAGUGAAAAGAAGGAUGAACAUAAAAAACGAGGAUUUUUUACUCUCAAAAAGAAAUAGCCUGCUGCUUUCUCACCGGUGUGAUGGACCUCCCCAUCGGCCAGAAGACGCUUGAACUACAUUCCUUCUAACGACUUCUGCCGAACUGCUUCAAUGCAGACAACUUCACCUUCUCUAGGCAGUCUAAAUUCUCUGCUGAUUUACCACCAGUUAUGAGUAGCAUGGAGAGAAGACCUGUUGUUAGACAAGACUUCUAUUUACAGAGCAACAACUCUUCUCACUUCGUGUAUGAUAGUCUUCAAAUGAUUCUUACUUGACUGUCAUUCCAAUUGCUUAUUGCAUUUAAUCUGUUCACCUCAUGUUUGUUGUUGAAUCAUUACCAUUGGAGUUUAGUUGUCUGCACACUGAAGUCAUCAGUGCUGAGAAAGUGCUGCUGUAAAUGUACAUACUUGCAAAGUGAAGAUGUGAAUUUUUUUUUUUUUUUUCCUUUUGAAUAGCUUUCUCUCUCAUAUUCCUUAAGUACUGACACUGAAGUUAUUAAGUUAAGAAAUUAUGAAUAGUUAGUGAUUUUUGUAGUUUAUUCCUUUGAUUGUUAUUUCCAGUUAUAAUCUAAACUCGGUGUCCUCGUCUAAGUACCUUUUUUAAUAUGAAUGUUUUAAAUCUUGCGUCUUGUAUUCCUUAAUCAUCAAGAGUUUGUAAGAAUGUCAAGUUUGGUGGAUAGCAAAAUUAUUUGCUUUUGAUUCGCUGUUAUUGCUUUUGUUCCCGUAAUUUCUUAAUGUUUUGCACCAAUGUUUUGAUGUAUUUCAUUUUUAUUUUCUACCACAUUUUUAUCUUUAUUCUUUUCCCAGUGUUAAGCAUUAUUUUUUAUUUUAAACUAUAUAUAUAUAAAAGAUAGAGAUACUUUAAUGCUUUGGCAGCUUACAGUAUUUUAUUGUAUACAUUCUUUGAAGAAAUAAAAGUUGAAUCAAAUCUA